AUGAUCACUUAUCGCUUCAACACUCCUUCGACCCCGCCGUACACAACUGCUUGCGGGGAAGGAGGAAUCGACGGGGGAGCCACCUGCCCGACCUAUCCUUCCAAGUUGUACUACAAGAAUGCCGGGGAGUUCGACCAGGCCGUAGCCUUCAUCGGGCGAUACGGGAACCACACCCCUGCUGGGAACUACGUGGUGCUGUAUGAUGGCGAGGGGGAGAUACAGUUCGGAGGAGACGCUUCUGUGAUACCGAGGGUCCCCAACGACAAGUACUCCGAUGCUCGAGACAUUUACAUCUCAGUCAGCCCCGCGAUCGGGGUUGAGGUCCGCAUCGUCCGCACCAACGAGACAAACCCGGUUCGCAACAUCCGCAUCCUCCCUCUGGAUGGCCCGGACUUCCUCUCCACCAGCACUUUCACCAGCGUGUUCUUGGAAGCUCUGCGGGGACUACAGGUUAUCCGGUUCGGGUUCUGGCAGGAGACUGUCAGGCCCGGUGACGACGGGCCGGCCAACAACGCUCCUCGGCUCUGGAAGCACCGAGCUCUGCCCGAGGGGCCUCAGGGGCACCAGCAAUGGCGGAAGGCUCUCGUGGAUCCAGGGGUUGCGAUCGAGCUCAUGGUCGAGCUUGCAAACACCCUUCAUGCCUCUCCCUGGUUCUGCAUGCCUCCUCCUUCUCCCGAGUCAGUCAGCAGCACAGAUGUGUUUGACGACUACAACUCCAAGUUCGCCACUCUGGUGGGGACGACUCUCGAUCCCUCGCUCCAGGUGUACGUGGAGUGGAGCUCGGGGACAGGAUACGCCAACUGGGACAAAACCAAGUCACUUGCCGUGUUCCGAGCAUGGACGAAGACUUUCAAUGACCUGCGGGCGUCCAACAUGUCAGUCCCUCGACUGGUGCGGGUCGUGAGCACGACCAAAUUCGUGUCCGAGAUCACCGACCACUUCGGCUCUGACCUUCAGUUCGUGGACGCGUUCGGAGUCAGCGCGAAGUUUGGGAUGGAGACGACCGACGUUGUCAACGACCCGACGGGGGAAUGGUUCCAAGACUUCGACUUCCCCCUGAAGCAUCCCAACAUCACAGUGAACGAGAUUCUUGACCUGAUGAGGGAAAACUCCAUGCACUCCGAGCAGAAACUCAACACGCUGAUUCAGAGGUUUCGCGCCAUUUACCUGAUCAAGACCGGGAGGCCGGACGUUCCGGUCCUCGCGUACAGAGGCGGCUCGUGGGUCAACGCAAGGUCCUUCGGCCACAGAGCUGCUGUGUACAACAUCCAGAUGUGCAUAUCGCGCGACGUGUUUCCUUGCGAGACUACCUACGGCUAUGGCGUGCUGGACGGGCCGCUCACUGCCUCCACCACGCUGGUGACAGCGACGGCGAACGCUGCUCUCGAGCUUCAGCUGGAGCAGAAGCUGAUCAAUGCCAGUCGGCACCCUCGGAUGACGGGGAUCUACAUGGACUUCAUCGAGCGCUGGCGGAGGAUAGGAGGAGGCGUCUUCGUGACCUCCGAGCUCUACAAGCCCGCGGGGAUCUGCCCGACGGGAGGGAAGGACUGCGCUAACAACGGCCUCAUGGAGAGUUUGUCUGACUCCCCCAAGCUGCGGGCAGUCAAGAACUACAUCAACGGCGUCCCUCUCAUCGAGCCCUUCACGUCAGCUGACCUCCACCAGGAGGCAGAAGUCCCCUGCUCCCCGGCCUGCGUGCACGGCACUUGCUGGCAGGGGGCGUGCGAGUGCUGGAGGGGAUUUGCUGGCGCGAGCUGCACGGAGGUAGUUCCGCGUCCGAACCAGUGCGAGCAUGACAUCGGCAUGAACGUGGGAGGGAUCAGCGACUGGUCAACCGAGUGGACGUUCGUCGACGUGUUCAAGGCCAGCAGGGACUGGAUCCCGCAGGACUUCACCUCCUUCACGUGGGCCACCGGCAUCCCGAUCGAGGUGAGUGAUCUGGGAGACAACGACUACCCCACUCGCCUGAAGCCCAACCAGAGGGUCGGCACGAUGAUGAUCCGUGACUUGUACGGGCAUGCCCCUGCUGGGGUGUACGUGGUGACCUACGACGGCGACGGGAUCCUGUCGCCGAUCAUGUCGGACAUCAAGAGCGUGAGGAGAGGAGUCGGGAGGAUGGAAGUAGAGGUUCAGCCGUCUACCGUCUUCAACAACGGCUUCUUCCUCGUCAUCGAGCGAACGAACCCGGCCGACCCCAUCCGCAACAUCCGCGUCAUCAUGCCCGGAUUCGAGCACAGGGCCAAGAGCUUCCCCUUCCACCCCUGGUACCUCCAGAGCAUCGAGCACUACCGGGCCCUCCGCUUCAUGGAUUGGGACGGAGUUCCGAUCGAGCUCAUGGUGCGGCUGGCCAAUGAGAUCGGGGCUGACCCCUGGUUCACCGUCCCGUACAAUGCCGACGACGAGUUCGUGCGGGAGAUGGCGGGGCUGGUGCUGUCGACCCUCCGCAAGGACGUCAAGGUGUACCUGGAGUGGACCAACGAGGCAUGGCACACGGGGUUCGAAGGAGGGAAGUACGCCCAGCUCAUGGGACUGCAGCUCGGGUUGCAGCAGGGAGGAUGGUACGGAGGAGAUGCGAACGAGGCACGCUUCUGCUACAUCGGCUACAGGACAGCGCAGAUCGCCAGGAUCUGGAAGCAAGUGUUCGGAGCGGAAGCCGAUCGUGUCAUUGUUGUCGCCUCCACUCAGGCCGUCUGGACGAUCGUGACUGACAAGCUGCUCUCGUGCCAAGACGCUUACAAGGACAUCGACGUCGUCGGGAUCGCUCCCUACUUCGGUGGUUACGACCCCAAGAACGCCUCCCUCACCCUUGACAUCCUCUUCCGAGAGACCAUCCCCAAGUCCAUCGCCGAGGGCAGGGCCUUGCUCGUCGAGCAUGGCCGCAUCGCGUCACGCUACAACAAGACGCUGGUGCUGUACGAGUCAGGUCAGAGUCUGGUGGGCGACGGAUCAGCCAAGGACCUCGGGAUCCUGGCGAACAGGGACGAGAGGAUGGGGCUGAUGUACCAGAUGUACUACAAGGACAUGCUCAACAUCGGUAUGCGCGGGAUCAAGAUGCACUUCAGCUCUGCUGGAAGGCCCAGCAAGUACGGCAGCUGGGGUCUGCUGGAGGCCACGGACCAGAACAGGGCGUUCGCGUACAAGUACCAGGCGCUCCUGCAGCACAUGGAGGACGAGUUCAACUGCAUCAUCAGGCCGUACGGCGGCUGUCCCAACAACUGCUCCUCUCACGGAGAGUGUCUGUCGUCAGGUGCCUGCGCCUGCUACUACGGGUAUGAGGGGAGCGACUGUAGCGUCAUCCGGUACAUGGACGUGGUGGACUGCGGGUACAAGUGCACGUUCGACCAGGGGAGCUGCGAUCUCUUGAGGACGGAGGACGAGAUAACGCGCUACUUCGGGUGUCACUGCGAGGAUGGGUUCUUCGGGGUGACCUGCAGUCUCUUCAACGACACAUGCAACGGCAACGGGGAGGCAAUCGAUCUUGAUGUCUGCAGCUGCUACCCGGGAUACGCCGGCGACCACUGCGAGUUUGACUGCUCCUGCAACGGUCACGGCAGGUGCAGCGCUGACCAGUCCUCGUGCAUCUGCGACAAGGGCUGGCGGGCGGGAGCUGGGGGUUGCGAGUGGGACUGUGACUGCCCCGACGGCGUCGAGUGCAUCGGGCCCGGCGAGUGCGGCUGCUUGCCGGCAUGCCAGCACGGGACGUGCCACCACGGCAGCUGCCUGUGCUGGGUGGGGGCGGAGGGCAGGGCAUGCGAGGUCCUGAAGAACGAGAGCGAUGGGAGGACGGGAGUCGGUCUGAACCUUGGAGGAGCUGCAUACUGGAGUACCCAGUGGAUAUUCACCGACGCGAUGAAGCAGAGCAGCGAGUGGUUCGCGCACAGAGCGGAUGACAUGGGCCCUGGAGCGUGGGAUACGGGAGAGCCGAUCUACGUGGACGGCAAGGGAUGGCCCGUGCGGCUAGGGCCAAGGCAGGCGCUGGGAAAGCUGCUGAUGAGGAACGUACUGCAGCAUGCGCCUACGGGCACCUUCACCGUGGAGUACGAGGGGAAGGGGUCGAUGACCUUCGGGUUCGACUCCAAGGUGGUCACGAGGUCCAAGAACAGGAUGGAGGUAGUCUUCCGCCCCUCCGUCGACUGGACCUGCGCAGAGUCGUUCCAGGCGUACUGCGGGGACAACGGGAUGUACCUGAAGAUCGAGGAGAGCGACCCUCGUGACCCCAUCAGAAACAUCCGCAUCCUCGCUCCUGGGCUCGCGUCGCUGGGCUCGCAUUCUGAGUUCCAUCCCUGGUUCCUCAGAGACAUCGCUCCCUUCGGCAUCCUGCGCUUCAUGGACUGGCAGGGGACCAACGACGCAACUGUGCAGGAGUGGAAGGACAGGACAAGGACGGACUUCGCGUCGCAGGCCAACGUGAACAAGCUCAAGGACGCUGGGAUGGCGCUGGAGCACAUGAUCAGCGUUUCCAACAUCCUCCGCUCCUCCCCCUGGUUCUGCAUCCCCCACACUGCCAGCGACGACUACGUGCGGCAGAUGGCGAGGCUGGUGCGGGAGACGCUAAGGAAGGACGUGAAAGUCUACGUGGAGCACAGCAACGAGGUCUGGACGAGCGGCCACAAGUCAGGAGCCUACUGCGAGCAGAGAGGGCUAGAGCUGGGGCUGAGCUCGGACAAGAACGAGGCCAGGUGGAGGUACAACGCGCUGAGGAGCAGGCAGAUCUGGGACAUGUGGAGGGAAGAGUUCAAGGAGGAGCCGUCGCGCGUGGUCCGUGUGCUGAGCACGUGGGCGAUCAGCCCGAGGACGACCACGACGAUGCUGCAGUUCAACGAGACGUGGAGGGCGACGGACUUGCUGGCCACCACUGGCUACCUGGACUGCCGGGGGCUGGGCUCGGACAGGAAGACGCAGGCGCUGACGAUGACGGUCGCGGCGAUCUUGGACGAGUGCGAGAAGAGUGUUGAUGACGUCAUCGCGUCCUACCAGGAGCACAAGAACAUCGCCGACCAGUACAACAUCCCUGUCGGGUUCUACGAGGCUGGACCGGGACUGGUGGAAGCGAGCGCCAUCUCCUCCGGCUCCUUCACCGCCUCCCUCACCAGGAAGUUCAUAGAGGCCCAUCGCUCCCCGCGCAUGGGCGACAUCUACCGCUCCCUCCUCUCUCGCCUCAACGCCUCCGGCCUCCUCUCCCCCCGCUCCCCCUGGAUGCACUUCUCCAGCGUCGGGAACCCGACGCAGUAUGGCAGUUGGGGGGCGCUGGAGUACACGGGGCAGCCGCGGGAGGAGGCGCACAAGUACCGGGCGCUGCUGCCCUUCCUCAGUGAGAGGACGAGGAUGCAGCAGACUUGCGUCAACCUGAGCCUCCCCUCCCGCCCCUCCGUCCUCCUACUUCAGCAGGGCUUCUACGGUCCUCCAGCUGUUACCUCCCCCCGGGCAGGGGACGUGUGGGGGGAGGGAGAGAGGAGGAUGGUCAGGUGGGACGCUGCUGGGGCCGGAGCGAGACAGUUUGUGCAGGUGUCGCUGUGGCACUUGACAGACUGC